GCAGGUACGGGCCACGGCGUCUCUCUGAGCCCUAGGAAGCGAAUAAAUGGCCGGAGCUUUGGCGGUAUGCGAUGCUUCGCACUUCAGCGGGCUUGGACGGCGGGGCGCUGUUCGUCGGAUCCCAUUUUCCCCGGCUUUUUGGACUCGUCCCCUGCGGCUGGCCGCUGGAAGGGACAUCCAUCUUCCCGUCUCCGCCGCCUCCUGCUCGCCUCCGCAGCCACCCGGACGCCCGACUAGAGCCAGGUGAUCCAUCUCUCUGUCAUCUGUGUUUGGACACUUCCAAAUAAUGGAGUUCCCUGAUUUGGGGAAGCAUUGUUCAGAAAAAACUUGCAAACAGCUAGAUUUUCUUCCCUUAAAAUGUGAUGCAUGUAAACAAGAUUUCUGUAAAGCCCAUUUUACUUGUGCUGCACAUAAAUGUCCCUUUGCAUUCACAAAGGAUGUUCAGGUCCCAGUGUGCCCACUUUGUAACAACCCAGUCCCAGUAAAAAAGGGAGAGAUACCAGAUGUGGUGGUUGGUGAGCACAUUGAUCGAGACUGUAAUUGUCAUCCUGGGAAGAAAGAGAAGAUUUUUACAUUCCGGUGCUCAAAAGAGGGGUGCAGGAAGAAAGAGAUGAUGCAGGUGUCUUGUGACCAGUGCCAUGGGAGUUUCUGUAUUCAGCAUAGACACCCUCUGGAUCACAGCUGCAAGCACGGGGGCCGCCCCAUCGGCGCAGCUGGGUGCACAGCUGCCCGAGCCUCUGAAUCCAAACCGUCGGGAGCAUUAAACACACUGUCCACCAGUUGGCUGGCUCGGCGACUCAGGUGGAAAGUAAAGAGGUGAUGGGACUAUGUCAGCCCACAGUGGCAUGGUGGCUUGUGUGUACCACUGUAGCAGGGAAGGUAGUGUUGAUGCUGUAGUGGCUCUGUACUUCUCGCAGGUAGUGUGGAAUGCCAUUAAAACUCUCCCAGUAAAAUGUACAUGUUUUGGCAGAAUAAGCAGAAGGAUUUUGAUAUUCUAAGUUAGGCUAAGCUACUCCAUCAACCUGCUUCCUCCAAAUAAAGUGACAUAAAGGUUGAUCUGGCACACUCGGAUCCUUCAGAGGGCGGCUCUGCCCUGGCCUGAGUCCCUCAAGAACAACCCAGCGUUCUGGAAGCCUCUGUCACUUAUACAACCACACAGCUGAUUUAUUCUGUCUUCAUCUUGUGGCUGAAGUACCUGAGCCCAGGAAAGGUGGGGGAGGCCGUGGGCCUACUGUGUUAAGGUCCUUGUUCAGAGGUGGCCCCAACACACAGUCCCUAUUCCACUGAGCAAACAGCUCUGUGGCCAUACAGACUCAAGUGCUGGGCUUACACUGACAGCCUCAGUCCAUGAAGGAUCCCCAUGUCCUGUGACCCUGGGCACUGGGAAACUGAAGCAAGAUGUCAUUUGAGUUGGGUUCUGAUCUUAACCCACUGGUCAUCCACCUAAACAUCCAGACCUCCCUUUGCUCUUGUCCAGGCGAUGACUUCUGCUUUCAGAGCCUCAAAAUGCAAAGCAGGGAGAGGCUUCUGUUCAGUUUCCAUUCCAAAAAUAGGUGAUCAAAACUAUUUCUGUGGGCUUAGUUGGUGGUACGUGUUCUGGACCAGUGGUUCUCACACUUCCCAGGCUCGUAAUUGUGUGGAAGGCUCCUCCAAAGGAUGCUGGGCCCCACUCCCAGAGUCUUCUGGUUCUGUGGGGGCUGGUGGGCCUUGAAAAUUUGCACUUCUAGCAAGUUCCCAGCUGAUGCUGCCGGUCUGGGGACCCCACUUGGCCAAAUAACUUCUCUGUACCCGUGCUGUCCAGUACAUGGUGACUAGCCAGAGUUUAUGGAGCAUGGGAAAUGCAUUUGGCACAACUGGGGUUGAAUUUUUAGUUGCAUUUAACUUAAAGGCAAAUUAACUUGUGCUUUUUAGAAAACUCUUCAGUAUGUUAACUAUGGUAUGUGAGUCUUCUUUCAUCUAUAAAUUUUAAAUAAAGGUCAACCUUUUCUCAUGAAAACAUAAUACCCAAAUUGAGAAUCAAAAACACUGAGCUUUGAAGACAAUACCAAAAAAAGUAUGUGAUUGUUGAAGUUAUUUACAUGUUGAAAUGCUAAUAUUUUGGGUAUGAUGGAUUAAAUAAAGCAAUAAAGU